ACGCAACUUGUUGCUUGCCGUCGCUUCCCUGUCGUCAUUGUGUUUAACCAGCCAAUAGGGUGCCAGGGGGAGAAGCCAACUUGGUGAUUGGCGCUAUCGCACCAAAAUUGUACGGGGGGCGAAAAUUUUACCACCUACGUAAUUCGCGUUCGAAACAUUACGUCAUCGUUCGACACGAUUGUCCGUUGCUAGGCAGGUUUCAAAAAACUUUCGCGCUGAUGUUGCCAAAGAAGAAAUAACAGUAAAUAAUGCAGUAAAUAAUACAGACAACACUUUUUUUUACUUUAUAUUUGUAAUGUAUUGAAUAUAGCUAGUAAAUUGAGUGUUUUAAAGUGUAUCAUAGUCUAGCUAGCUUGUGUUAAUACACUCAGUUUACUAGCUAAAUGCCAUUUAACAAUUACAUCCAAUGCAAAUAUAAAGUUAGCAACGCUAAUAAAUGUCAUUUGAAAAAUAAGUGUUAUCUGCUUAAUGUUAUUUCGUCUUGUGACGCUCAAUGAAUGAGCGCAAAUGUUUGAAUAUUCAUGAACCUUCCUAUGUCAUCGUUCUACGCGAUCGUCCGUUGCCAGGCAACGUUCGACGGGAUCGUCCGUUGCCAGGCAACGUUCGACGCGAUCGUCCGUUGCCAGGCAGGUUUGGAAAUUUCGAACGCAGAUUACGUAGGCGGUACAAGUUUCGCCCCCGGUACAAUUUGGGUGUGACAGCUUCUCCAAAAACGUAUCGGAAGCAGAAAGAUAUGAAUUGCUCUUCUCCAGACCCUUCUACAGGGCGAAUUCAAAUCGCCGUCAGAACUAGUUGGGGGAACCCAGUCUAUCGUAAAUGGGGAUUAACAACUAUUCUGUGCAAAUGAAAGGAAAUGAAAAUGUGUUUCCUUCUUUAUGUGGAAAGCAGGAGACCCCAGACACCAUUUCAAUCAAGGUUGAAGAGGAUAUUGGUGGAGGCAUGCCCGCUGUAGACGACGGCAAUGACAUCAGAGACUGUAGCACGCAGCGCGGCGACACCUCAGAGAGUCUGGGUGUGGACGCCCCUGGCUCCUCCCACAUGGCCAAUCACAACGGGGAGCUGCGGAUCCUGAGCGUCUACGGAAAAGGGGAGGGCCCACUGGCGGUGGAUGGUUGGUGGAAGGUUUCUCCCAACAAUGCCAACAUGAUCGUCCACAUGAGGACCCGACUAGACGAGAAGCCCUACAGCUGUGACCAAUGCACGAAGAGCUUCAGUCGAAGUGAACGCCUGAAGAACCACAUGAGGACUCACACCGGCGAGAAGCCCUACGGGUGCGACCAAUGCAUCAAGCGCUACAGAGGGAAGAAAUCCCUGAGGAUCCACAAAAUGACUCACUCCGGGGAGAAGCCCUACAGGUGUGACCAAUGCACGAAGCGCUUCAGUCGAAGUGAUCACCUGAAGAGCCACAUGAAGACUCACACCGGGGAGAAGACCUACAGCUGUGACCAAUGCACGAAGAGCUUCAGUCAAAGUGAACACCUGAAGAUCCACAUGAGGACUCACACCGGGGAGAAGCCCUACAGGUGUGACCAAUGCACGAAGAGCUUCAUUCAGAAAAACAAACUGAAGAUCCACAUGAGGACUCACACCGGCGAGAAGCCCUACAGGUGUGACCAAUGCACGAAGAGCUUCAGUCAGAGCUCGUCCCUGAGGAUCCACAUGAGGACUCACACGGGGGAGAAGCCCUACGGGUGUGACCAAUGCACGAAGAGCUUCAUUGAGCAAAAAAAACUGGAGAUCCACAUGAGGACUCACACCGGCGAGAAGCCCUACGGGUGCGACCAAUGCACGAAGAGCUUCAUUGAGCAAAGCAAACUGAAGAUCCACAUGAGGAAUCACACCGGGGAGAAGCCCUACAGGUGUGACCAAUGCACGAAGAGCUUCAUUGAGCAAAACAAACUGAAGAUCCACAUGAGGACUCACACCGGCGAGAAGCCCUACGGGUGCGACCAAUGCACGAAGUGCUUCAGUCGAAGUGAACACCUGAAGAGCCACAUGAGGACUCACACCGGGGAGAAGCCCUACAGGUGUGACCAAUGCACGAAGUGCUUCAGUCGAAGUGAACACCUGAAGAGCCACAUGAGGACUCACACCGGGGAGAAGCCCUACAGUUGCGACCAAUGCACAAAGCGCUUCGCUCGGCAUGGCACCCUGAAUGUCCACAUGAAGACUCACACCGGCAAAGUUUAAUUUCUAACGUAAGGUUUGUUUUAUUUCUAACAUUAUGGGAAUCGGGCCCUUUGUCCAAAAUUCCGAACUACCCCUUUAAAGGGAUGCUUCGACACUUGUAUCCAGGUGCUGCUUUUUUUUUCCAUCAUGAUUAAACGCUUUCCAACUUUGAUUCGCCAUGUUUUUAUUUUUGAGAAAUGAUGUCUGUGUAAUGAAGAAUGACUUUGUUCUAGGACACUUCUGACUGCAAAACAUUUGAUUUAUUUUUAGAGCUUAAUCAUGCGAAGAAACAGGAAGCAAAUUUACCAAGCAUUCGUUCAGUAAGUUCAAUUGCAAAUGCAAACUAUCUUAAUACCUUUCAAUUAGAGGGGACGGAAGGUAUCUCUAGGUCCAAGGAGAAUGUACAUAAAUUACUUUAAAUUGAUUAAUUAUAUAAUUUGUAUACAAUUGUAUAUUGAAGUUACGUUUUGA